AUGAUGAAUGAAGAAAACGUACCCAGAGACCAACCGUCCACCACAGAACCUGAAGAUGUUGAUAUAAAGAAUGUCAAAGUGGGCGCUAUCACGAUUCCACUGAAUCUAAGCUAUGUCAAGAGUCCUUUAGGAAUUGUAACAGCCGUAUCAGGUAUUCUAUCCCUGCUUUGCGCUAUCCUUGUGUCCGCCAGUUACAACAUCAACUGUUAUGCCGGUUACGGAUCUACCUACGACUUCUUUGAGUUCGUUUCUACGUCCUGGUUCAUUCUCACCUUCUUCCGUUACAUUAUAUUCCUUCUCACAAACAAGAAUGGUGUUCUCUGUGGGUCAUUCGUGCCAUGGACUCUAUUGAUGAUGGCCAACACCGCUAUUUAUAUCAUAAUGUUCUUUUUCGGAUCCAUCGCGAUGGCUGUCAGCUCCUGUUGGAGAGGGGGCUACAAAGCUUCAGCGGCGUUCGGAUUUUUCACCACAUUCACUUGCAUUGCCGAAUUGGUUCUACUUCUGUUCAGACUGCGAAAAGAGCAUGAGCCAACUCAGAACCGAAUCCUCAUUUUAAUGGGCGUCCCAGAAUUAAAUCAGCGAGGUGCUCCACCACCCUACGACCCCGAGAGUAAUAUGGCUGCAGACCCACCAAAGUACUGA